CGUCCCCCUCGAGAUCUGGAAGACGGGGCCAGCUAUGGCGAACGCCUCCGACCUCUUCCUCGUCGACCGCGUGCCCCAUCGCCCCGCCCCUCCGCCGAUCCCCCGCCCCACCGCAGCCUCCAUCGUCUCGCACGCCUUCCCAGACCCCCUCGAUUUCUCCGGCUUUCGGUUUUUCGAGGAGACCUCGGAGGGGAUCGCCUCCUCCGGUGACUAUGCCUCGCGACUGGGGUUGGGAUUCGAGAAGGAUGACGACGGGGGGCAUGUCGACCGCGAGGCGGACUGGGCCGCGGACGACUUCUUUGUCGGCCGGAGGAUGAGCUCCCCGUCCGCGUCGAUCGAGUUCUCCAGGGCUCGCCCCGUCGAUUCGGACGGCCUGCGCGUCGUCGGCUACGAAUCAGACUCCGACUCCGACGAGCAGCAGAUCGUGGCGAUCGGCGCGGAUCUUGACGAUGGCGAAGGACGGGAUCAGGCCGUGUCCGACGACCUGGGUCUUCCCCUUCGCUGGGACUGCCUCCGGUUCGGCGAGAACAGGAGGGAUCCGAACGAGGAUUUCGAAUGGGAGGAGGUCGACGGCCGCAUCGAGGAAAGGGAUGCGAUCAGUGUCACGAUCGUCGGCGAUGAGGAGAGAUCUGAGGAGAUUAGAGACCUCGAUCACAACGAAGACGGGGGUGGAGAUGUCGAAUGGGAGUUUCUCUUGGCCGUCAAUAACUCGGGUAGAAACCCGAUGGACCCCGAGGACGUCGGGGUAUACUUCGUCGACGAACAAGAGGGCUUGGGCGAUGCUUCCGACUAUGAGGCGUACGAGGUCUUGUUCGGGCAAUUCGUCGAGCACGAUAGCAACUUCAAGGGAAGCCCGCCUGCAGCCAAAUCGGUGAUAGAAAGCCUUCCGUCGGUUCUCCUCACGGAGGAGGAUGUUGCCAAGGCGAACGCGCUGUGCGCGGUUUGCAAAGACGGGAUCUUGGUGGGGGAAAGAGUCAAGCAGCUGCCUUGCUGCCACCUCUACCAUGAGGACUGCAUCUUGCCGUGGCUGGGGAUCCGGAACACCUGCCCCGUCUGCCGGUUCGAGCUGCCGACCGACGAUCCCGAGUACGAGAAGUGGAAGGCAAGGAGGGCAGGUAGCGUCGUCUCCGACGACGAUGACUCGCAGCUCAGGGUUGAUUUUGAAGUGUUACCUGAAGCUUAAUGCCGGUAAACCAAGCAAUUUCUACGUCUCUUCAAUUACAUAGCUUUCAGUUCUGAUAUGUUGUACUGAGGUAACCACAAUUCAUUGUUCUUUUCUCGGACAUUGUUGUUAGUGGUAAUCAAACCUUUUUCUACCUUUUUUUCCUCCAUAAGAGAUGUUUCAAGAUAUGUUAUUGUACACCAAUACGGAUAUGAAUUGUUGUGGCUUGUAAGAUAGUUUUUGAUUGAUGCAUAAAAAGGUUUCUUC